GUUAAUCACAUUGCAGUGUUUGGAUGCAAAACCUGUACCUUCAUUUCCAGCACUACAUUCUCAAAGCUGGGCAAUAGAGCUACAGAAAGAAUAUUAGUGGGUUACAGUCAUCGCUGUAAUGGAUACAGAAUAUCCCAAAAGACAGAAAUUUGCCAGUGAUGGGUCAUGAACCACUAUCUCGGCAUCGAUGGGGUGAAAACUGAGAAAGAUGCUUCUUUCUGCCGCUGCUAAAAAGACCAGUUACUGUUUUGUAGCUCCCCUCCGCUCCGCCUGAAUAUUACUGUGUGAAGAUGUAGCAACCGGGACCCAAGUACUGGCGAAAUUUGAUAUUGUUUCCUUUUAACAUCUCUCAAAGAUAAUACCGCCAUCUUUGUUGAGGGAACCAAAUCUGCGCCGAACUCCCCUUUCCAGAGAUAGGGCAAGUUCAUCGCAGCCGCCAUUUUGAGACGGGAACGAGGUUGCAGAAGCGAUGGAAAUGAGCCGUGCUUCCUGCCAGGGAUCCCAUGAAGCGGAGCGGGGUUCUGCUGCCCACUGCGGGCCACAGUUGGAGGUGCCCACCAAUCCGGCUCCGAACAGCGGCAGGAAGGAGCAGAGGAGACGGUGCUUGCAGCUGGCCCACGAAGCCCCUGCAGACACCCCCUCUGACCUUGUCCUGGCAGCAGGAAAUCCCAGCCAGUCACCCGGCGAGGGCAGCUCUCUGUUGGCGGCGUUACAUGACCACAAUGCCUACUGUGUGCCUGAGGAAGCGGCCUCCUUGAAGAGGAUUGUGAUCCGAUCCAAAGAGACGGUGCAUCACCAGAGCGAGCUCCUCCAUAGCCUGGAGGGGGAGCUAGAAGCCAGCCGGAAAGAGUGCCAAGCACUACAGAAGAAGGCAGCUGAGGAGAACUGGACCCUUCUUUCCAAGCUUGGAGAGCGCGUCUCCCAACUUGAAGCAGAGAACAGGAACCUGCGCUGUGAGCGGGACCAGUUGGAGUCCACAAUGCAACGCUUCCGCAAGGAGUUGGACGCCAGUGGUGCCACAGUCCUCUCCCUGAGCAGGCAGCUGCGAGGGCAGCAGGAAGCUCAGGCCUACCAUGGGGCCUUUUCCCUGGAGACGGUGAAGGGGAACAGCAAGUGGCUGAGGUUCUAUACAGGCUUCGACAAAUACUCACGCUUCGCGGCCUUCCUGGACUUCCUCCUGGAUGGCAACGAACAAAGGCAGGAGGAGAGUCCGGAGCACAGGUGUCACAGCGCCCUCAGUCCCGACAACCAGGUCUUUCUGGUACUCGUCCGGCUGCGGCUGGGGCUGCUCCUCCAAGACCUGGCCUUCCGAUUCCACAUCUCUGAGUCCACAGCCUCCCGCUACUGGCUCAGCUGGACAGAAUUCAUGGAGCGGAAGCUGAAGCAGAUUCCAGUGGCUUGUAGCCAUCGCUACGUAGAGGCCUUCAAGCCCCAGAGGCCGAUCUGCCAUCGGGAUGUGCCCUUGGUGGCCCUGGAUUGUACCCAACUUUUGUUUGAGGCCCAGGGAAGGACGAGGAGGAAAGGAGAUACCCACUGGGGUCCCAGGAGCCGCUACUCAAUCCCUGGCUAUGCUGUGGCUGCACCUAACAGCUAUCUGACCUUCGGUUCAGGAGCUGAGGAGGAGCUGGCAUCGCUGCCCGUGUUCCUGCAGGCAGGCUCCGUGGAGCUGUCAGCCCAGCAGGAGGCAGCCAAAAGGCAGGUGCUGAGCUUCCGCAGCCUGACAGACAAAGCCCUCAGCUUCCGCUUCCUGCGCGUCAUUCACCCCCAGAACAUGGAGGGCCAAGUGGGCAGGGCCUGGACCAUUGCCUGCUACCUCGCCUGCCUGCUGCACGAGCCCAUGGGGCUAGCCUAAGGCAAGGAGACCUGCUUCCCAUGUGCAACUGCUUUCUGCUGAGUGUUGCUGAGAUGGCCUCCUGCCAUAAUGAACCUCCUCACUGUUGUGACACCUUCUCAUGCUGCUGCUUUUCUUGACGCAUAUGAACAGGAACCUGACAGCUCACCAGCAAACUCAUGAAAUCCCUUUGAGGAUGCCCAGUGGGGCCAUGCUUUCUUCUCUGCUCCUUACUGUGUAAGCCACUGGGGUCAGCAUAAACAGGCCAGGAAUGCUGGCUCCUUUCCUCAGAAUAGCUGUAUUCACCACCUCCUUUUGCCCUACAGCAGGCUUCUUUUCAGCCAGGCAGUGAUACAAGAGUCAUCUUUCACACUGUCUGUCCCUUGGCACUCUCUAAAACAGGGGUCCUCAAACUACGGCCCGCGGGCCAGAUGCGGCCCGCUGAGGAUGUUUAUGCGGCCCGCCGGGUUAUGGCAAAAUCAGACCGGAAGUGACGUUCGACCUAAACUCGCGUUAGCAACGCACACUUCUGGCACUGGGCUGAGGCGGCGGAGACAGAGUGUGAGGUGAUACCGAGGUGAGGUGAGUUCCCAGGCCGGGGUGUGUGGUGUGGGGAAGGGAGAGAGAUGCAGAAGACGGAGAACUGACGGCCCGCAGCCUUGUACAGUAACGGCAGUCCGGCCCUCCAACAGUCUGAGGGACAGUGAACUGGCCCCCUAUUUAAAAAGUUUGAGGACCCCUGCUCUAAAAUCUGUGGCUGACAAUCACUGCUCUCAAAAGAUAGGAAGACUUCUCUGGGGUGAAUUUCACCAGCUUUAGCAUUUGCUUCCCCACUUAAGUACCAACAUCUUUCCUUCCCUGUUUUUGCUCACAGCCCCUCCUCUGAGUUCCUACACUGAAAAUUGACUCAGGAUUUCUUACCCACCUUAUGUUUCCUUUGGCUGUCAGCCCAGAGCUCUUUGGGCAAGAUAAAGACAGUGGGUGGAUGUGGGAGAGGCCUUCUCAGUAACUACCAAGUUCACACCAAAUGCUCACACAUGAACACCUGGGAACUGAACUUUGCUGACCCGCAACCUUCCUCUCAAAUAACACAACAACAGGGUGUUAACAGUGGGAUUUAAUGUCACACAAUAUGCACCAAACUCCUUUGGAAAGUAGGGUUAGUUUUUGUAGCCUCGACUGGCACGGCGACCUCGAGCCCGUUCAAACUUGCGGCCCUUGGACUGAAUGUAUGGCCUGGAGAGAUACAAACAAAUGAGAACAGUCAGUGACACAAAGAGGGACCCUCCUGCGGAAUGGAGGGGAAGAAGGAGAAGACAAGCAGAGACCUGUGCAGCAGCUCCCCUCCGUCCAAGAGAAUCCAGAAGUACUUGGUUCCCUGCUAGUCUGACACUGAGAAUUUUAGUACUUCUUAGAGCCAAGUGUUCAGAUUUUGCUCCUCCCUCUUUUCCAAAUCCCCAGCAAUGAAACAUCUGCUGUAGUCUGAAAACUUGCCAGGAGCGGUUAUCAAAACCUAAACCCAGCUUGCAAAUCCAGGCAACAGCAGUGGAUGGUGGCCAUGGCUACGGUAAUUUUAGUCUGCCAAAUCAAGACUCUUCAUGAGGUGGGAUGUGUGAGAAGUUCUAAUCCGCAAAAUGACACCAAACCACCCACUUUAGCUCUAGUCCUUUCUGUUAAUGUUAAGCAGCUCACUCUCUUUAUAUAAUAAAGAGACACAAAAGAAGAAAAGUUGAUUUUAUACCCGUCCUUUGCUGCCUGAAGGAGUUUCAGAGGGGCUUACAAUCACCUUCCCUUCCUGGGGCUGAGAGAAUUGACUGACCCAAGGUCACCCAGCUGGCUUCAUGUGGGAGAGUGGGGAAUCAAACCCGGUUCUCCAGAUUAGAGUCCACUACAGCAACCUGGCUCUCAGAACAGAUGUACAGGAACAACAUACAGUUAGAACUCAAAAGUGUUUGUGUUAUAUCAAGAAUUAGGUAUUUCCUCUUCCGAAUUGUAGCUGUGCAUCCCUCACUCAGAAACAAAAAAAAUAUUUUUAAUAAACUGAAAAUACAUAAGCAUCCUUUCUGGAACAGUGUUAAAAGAAAUAUAUACGCUUCAGGAUUCAGAAUCACCCACUUUCUACAUUCCUUAGCUGCCACACCGUGGUUUUUUCCGUACGUACUGUGUGCCUUCCCUGCCUUAAACCAGAUGGGUAAUGCUGUUUAAAUCCAACUCAAGUUUAAAGAAAAUUUUUGUCUUUAUUUGUCAAUUUGCAUUGUUUUAGUUAACUGAUGGAUUUUUAUGAUACCCUUUCCAUCUUAUAUUUGCUGCUGGCCACCUUGGGCAUUGUGAACCAAUUUUUUUUCUAAAUAAAAUGUGAUGAGAUCAUAA